AAUGGCAGUCAGUAUAAAAAGUGAGCCCGUCGAGGGCGGGCGAGGAUUAAAUAAAGAAGCAGUUUGGCAGAGAAUUAUUUCAGUUUUUCUUGUUAGAUACCCGUCUUUACCGCCAGAUAUUGGCGUCACGUAAAUUAAACAGUCAUUGAAAGUUGUUUUAAAAAGUUUGCAACAUGCUUUACUACCCAAAAGUGUUAAUAUAGGAACAAAGUAUUGCAGAGUCAUACAAGGAAAGCUUCAGGAGGACAUCUUGAGUAUGAGAUACAGCAAGCAUUGCUAAAAUUGGACUGCUGUCAAAAAUGACGACUAGGCUUGACAGAUUGUUUUUACUUCUGGACACUGGAUCCACCCCACUAAUCAGGAAGUCAGCCGCUGAACAGCUGGGAGAGGUGCAAAAACUGCACCCAUAUGAACUCCAGAACCUGCUGUCAAAGGUUCAUGGUUACUUAAAGAGCUCAAGCUGGGAGACCCGGAUAGCCGCAGGACAAGCUGUGUCAGCCAUAGCCAGAAAUGUGCCAAAGUGGAAUAAGAAGAUACCCAUCAAACAAGAGCCCAAUGGUAACAUCACAGAGGGAAAUCCAAGCCAGGUUUUAUUUACACAGUUCAAUAUUGGCAAGGUUCUGUCUCAAGGGGCAUCACUGUUAGGGGCGGAGGAGAAGCAGUAUGAAACUGAAAUACUAAGCAUGAAUGACAAAGACCAGUUGUCAAGACAACGUCAGAUGCUGAACAAGAGACUUGGAUUAGAUAUGGCUGGGAACUUAGGGAUUGGAGGAGACAUUUUCUCUGAUGAAGACUUGGUAUCCCAAAUUAAGACGGAGAACGGCGACACAUUUUCAGACAAGAGGAGUGUGUCAGACAUCCUUAAGCAGCAGCUUCUAGAUGUGACAGGGGGGAAGAGUGCCAGGGAACAGAGCAGAAUGAAGCGUAAAGCUAAAAUCCUGGCCAAGCAGAGGUCAAAGGACUGCUAUAAUGAGCAGAUGUCCCUAGAUACGGAACCUCCCUGUAAAAAGGCCAAGUCCCACAGCAUGGAUAUGGGAGGCAGUGAAAGCAAGCUGGUCAUGGAGGCAUCGGUAGACAUUGAGGAGGAUGAGGAGUGGUACUUUGAGUCAUUCUGUGAGUUACUGAUGAAUGAUCUCUUCAACAGUCGAUGGGAAACUCGACAUGGUGCUGCCACAGGGCUUAGAGAGGUCAUACGUAUCCAUGGAGACUCGGCAGGGUUAUCAAUAGAUAUACCUCAAGAUCAGUUGCACACGAUUAACCAGGUGUGGUUGACAGACCUGGCCCUCAGACUGCUAUGUGUUCUCUCACUGGACCGGUUUGGUGAUUAUGUCUCUGAUGAGGUGGUAGCCCCUGUGAGGGAGACGAGUGCCCAGACCCUGGGGAUGGUCAUUAAACACCUGGACAGGUGUGGUGUGGAGGGGAUGGUCAGUGUCCUGUUACAACUCCUGGCCCAGGAACAGUGGGAGGUCAGGCACGGGGGACUCCUAGGGUUCAAGUACUUACUGGCUGUCAGACAGGAUAUGACAGAAAGGAUCCUCCCCGUAGUGCUGCCGUCUCUGUUCCGCGGACUACAGGACGUGGACGAUGACGUCAGGGCUGUCGCAGCAGCAGCACUGGUUCCUGUCGCACACGAUCUUGUCCAUCUACUUCCACAACAGGUGCCUUUAGUCUUGACUUGUUUAUGGGACACCCUGCUAGAUCUGGAUGACCUGACCGCCUCAACUAACAGUAUUAUGACACUGCUCUCAACCAUCUUAACAAACCCACAGGCCUCUGUCAAAGAUUGGCUUUCUCAGCCUCUUCCUGAACUCGUCCCCAGACUUUGGCCAUUCCUACGACAUUCCAUUGCCUCAGUUCGACAGUCUGCCCUAGAAACCUUCCACACUCUGCUCACAAUACCAGAGGAUCAACAGACCGUUCAACCAUGGCUACCCUUUAUCUUACAAGAUGCACUCAGGCAUGUCUUCCAGAGAUGUUUGCUGGAAGAAAAAGACAGUAUAAUUCGGAUUCUAGAGAGAGUGUGGACACAGCUGCUGUCUAAGGCUCCAUUAGAGUACCUGGUGGGGAAUUCUCUUCCCUGGUUAGGAGUUUGGCUCUGUCUUUGUAUGCAGCCAUCCAAGCUUCCAUUUGAUUCCUCCUAUCUUAUUGAAGCUAAACACAGAGGAAGACUACAUUCUGAUGGUGAACAUGGAAAGACAAGGCAUCUUAUAGGAACCCCACAGAAAACCACCAGAGAGGAGAAAGAUUAUAUUGCAGGAACGCUGACACUGAACGCCAGUGUAGUGGACAGGGAUAUGGCAGUGAUGAGGACUAGGAUCAUGGCUACAAAGUUUUUGGGAAUGCUGUGUAGCUACAUCAUUCAAGAAAUUCCCAACUUCCCACCUGAAGGAGAAAAACCAGUUACCUCCCUUUCUAAGCUCUUUUUGUUCCACCUGAACAGCAAAUCAGCUGUCCAGCGGUUUGUCAUUGGUCAAGUUGUCUACAAUUUGGCAUGCUCCAAUAAGGAGAGUAAACUUCCAGAUGAAGUUGUUGCCAAGCUUUUGGAGUGUUUGAGUGAUGCUAUCUACUUUGAUGAGGUUGCUAUCUCCUUCACACACAUGCAGUCAGACUGUAGAGAUUUCAUGGCUGGACUCAAGCAAAAUGGAGUGGACUUGGACUCUCUUAUUCUCCCAGGGAGCAUCAUCACACUAGACCAGGCCAGUGCCCUGACCACUACGACUUUUGAUCAAGUUAAGACCUCACUAAAACCCAAGGCCCAGCAGGUGUUUGAGGAGCGGAGGAGACAACUGAAGGUCAUCGUGGACACCACGAUCCAGGAGCUACAGACACUCACCAUCAGAGUCCAGUGCAGUUUAGCUAAGGCUGCUGUAGAAUUAGGAGCCCUUCCAGAGAAACUCAAUCCUGUCAUCCGACCUUUGAUGGAAUGUAUCAAAAAGGAACAAAACCAAGAAAUACAACAAGAGGCAGCAGACUGUUUGUGCAGAUUAAUCAAGAAAUGUUUGGAUAAAGACCCCAACCCGAACUCUAAGGUGCUGAAGAACCUGUGCACCUUUCUGUGUGUGGAUCCCACCUAUACACCUAGAGUUACUGCACCCAUUCCAACCUAUACAGCUGAUGAAAGUGAAGUAAAAUGUGGAGUCAAGUUAGGCAUAAUAACCCUAACAAAGCAACAGAAAACCCCCAAUGUGGGAAAGAAAUGGUUGAAGAGGGCAGCAAGUGUAAAAGUAGAUGACUCUGACGCUACUCAGGAAAUUAAUGAGACACAAAAACAGCACCAGAUCCAGAGAAGGGGAGCAACUCUGGCUUUAACAACCAUUACACAGAAAUUUGGAAAUGAACUUCCUGGCAACUUACCAACAUUGUGGGAAAAUAUGGUGGAACCUCUCCAAGGUGUUGGGAAAGAGAAUAUACUGACAGAGGAGAAAGCUCAGGAGCUGGUGAAUUCUCUCCAGGUGUUGGAAACUUUAUGUACAGUCAUGACCCCAGAUCUACAAUUACAGCUAAGGGAAAGAUUGCCUUUGCUAUUGGAUUGCCUGCACAGUCAGUUUGUAGCAGUUCGUCACUUAGCAGCCAGAUGUUUUGGAAUGCUUUGUCAGGUCAUGACACUUGACCUUAUGACCUUUAUCAUUGAAAAAAUAGUUCCACUGAUGGAUGUUGCUGAUAAUGUCAUUUAUAGACAAGGAGCAACUGAAGCAUUGGCAUGUGUGAUAGAUGGUCUGGGGAUGGAGCUGAUUCCCUACAUAGUGCUGCUGGUAGUGCAGGUCCUCCGCCGUAUGAGUGACCAGGAUGAGGCGGUCAGGAAAAAAAUGGCUACCGCUUGUUUUGCUUCCUUGAUCAUAAAUGAUGCCUUAUACGAGGCAGGAAUCACAGACCCACCAGAGAUGAGUGAAGCUCUAAUCGCAGAAAAAGAAAAACAAAGGAAGUUCUUAGAACAGUUGAUGGAUGGAUCUAAACUGGAGAGCUAUAAUAUUGUGGUCCCUGUGAAAGCAGAGCUCAGGAAGUACCAACAGGAUGGUGUAAACUGGCUAGCUUUCCUAAACAAGUAUAAUUUACAUGGGAUCCUGUGUGAUGAUAUGGGACUGGGAAAAACUCUUCAGUCAAUAUGCAUCAUGGCCUCCGACCAUAAACUCAGAGAUGAAAAGUUCAAGGAGACGGAAUCCAUGGAGUUUUCUCCCCUACCCUCCAUUGUUAUAUGUCCUCCAACUCUGAUUGGACACUGGGUGUACGAAGUCAACAAAUUUGUGGAUAUUACUCAUCUAAAUCCCCUCAUGUAUGCUGGCCCACCUGGAGAGAGAGCCAGAAUUCAGAAAAAAGUGAAGAAACAUAAUUUGAUUGUGGCUUCUUAUGAUGUAGUGAGGAAUGACAUAGAUUUCUUCAGCACAAUAAGCUGGAAUUACUGUAUUCUGGAUGAGGGACAUGUCAUCAAGAAUGGGAAAACCAAACUUUCUAAGGCAGUCAAACAAUUGGUUUGCAAUCAUCGUUUAAUCCUGUCAGGGACCCCAAUUCAGAACAAUGUCCUUGACCUUUGGUCCCUGUUUGAUUUCCUAUUGCCCGGAUUCUUGGGAGAAACAGAAAUUCUGUUUAAUCAAAUGGUAUGGCAAAAUGUGUUGAUCCAAUAAUCAUAUGACGAGAGAAGCAGGGAUGCCAAAAGCACUUCUAAGGAACAAGAAGCAGGUGCUUUGGCCAUGGAAUCUCUUCACAGACAGGUUCUUCCAUUUAUCCUGCGGCGUCUGAAGGAAGACGUUUUACAGGAUCUUCCACCGAAAAUUAUUCAGGAUUACUACUGUGAUCUCAGUCCUCUACAGACUCAGCUUUAUGAGGACUUUGCCAAAUCUCGAGCCAAGCAGGGACUUGAAGAUUCAGUGACAAUAUUAGAGAGUUCCGACAGUAAGGAAAGAAAGAGCGCUGGGGCUACACAUGUUUUCCAGGCCUUGCAGUAUCUGAGGAAACUCUGCAACCAUCCUGCACUGGUAUUAACAACAAGUCAUCCCAAGUAUGAAGAGGUCACAAAACAACUCAAGUCCAGUAACUCUUCAUUGCGGGAUUGUCAGCAUGCACCAAAAUUGAAUGCUCUGAAACAACUGCUGAUUGACUGUGGUAUUGGCGUUGCCAUGCCGUCACACUCAGGUUCUGGUUCACAGCUGGAUACAGAUCUACCUGUGGUAAAUCAACACCGAGUUCUGCUGUUCUGUCAACUCAAGAGUAUGCUCAACAUUGUAGAAGAGGACUUGCUCAAAUCACAGAUGCCCUCGGUGACCUAUUUAAGACUAGAUGGCAGUAUUCCAGCUGGUUCCAGGCAACAAAUCGUCAACAGGUUCAACAAUGAUCCAUCAAUUGACAUCUUGCUGUUGACGACACAUGUUGGAGGGCUGGGUUUGAAUCUGACUGGGGCUGAUACUGUUAUAUUCGUGGAACAUGACUGGAAUCCUAUGAAGGACCUUCAGGCCAUGGACAGAGCCCAUAGAAUCGGACAGAAGAAAGUUGUCAAUGUGUACAGGCUGAUCACCAGGGGAACUCUGGAGGAGAAGAUAAUGGGACUCCAGAAAUUCAAGAUGACAAUAGCCAACACAAUCAUUAGUCAAGAUAACUCCAGUUUGCAAACCAUGGGUACAGAUCAAUUGUUAGAUCUGUUUUCACUAGAUGAUCAAGCUAAAGGACAAAUAAUAGCACCAUCUGGCAGUGGCAGUAGUGAUCCAAGCAAAAGGGAGAGCAUCAAGUCUAUCCUAGAGAAUCUAGGAGAUUUAUGGGAUGAAAAAGAAUAUGAAAGUGAAUACAAUUUGGAUAAUUUUAUGAAGUCACUUAAAAAAUGAAGCUAUGUGGAAAAUCUAGUGUGUGCCAAUGAAUGAAUUAUGCAAUUUCAUUAACUACUAACGAUGAUUUAAUUACAAUUACAUCAAUAGGUGAAAAUCUUUACUGGUUAAGUAUUCAAGUUUGAAAAAUUAUAUGAAAAAAUAGAUUUAAAUCUGACUGGCCUUUUUUCCUGUCAUUAGUUCAUGUUAUGUUCAGUUGUUAGAUGUGUUAGUUCUUGUUCAUAAAAGAAAUACCUAACUUUGCUGUAGAUAUAGUUAUCUUACAUUAAUUUUGCUGAAGGCAACAUAUGAACUUUAUUAGGCAUGUUCACUUUUCAGAGUUAUGUUGCUAUAGUUUGUAUUAGUUUUGUGAAUAUUGAUUUUGAAGAUUUGUUAAGAGCUUGCAUCUUAGAGCAACCAACCUCUACUGUGAUACUAUAAAAUCCUGUACUUACAUCAGAGGUGGAAUUAUUGAAGGGCAGUAGUUUUAAUGUAGUGUAGUGUUUUCUUUAAUGUAAAAGUCAAUUGUCAUAUAUCAAAAAAGUAAAUGGCAUUCAGAACCAUGUUAUACACCCUUUUUUCCCACUUGUAAUAUAGAAAAGGCAUAUUGUUGCUUUCACAGUCUCAAAAUUUUGAGAAAUUGGAAACUCAAGGGUUAACAAGGAAAAAUAAAUUUAUUUAAGUUCAUAGUAUUUACUUCUUUCAUAUUUCCUAUUAAACAUUGUACUUACGUCUAGUGCUACAUGUACAUAUAUAUUCAAGGUGACCUUUGUGUGUCACAUUACAAGGAAUGCAGCUACUUAAGUUCAUAUGUUACACUGUAAAGUGUAUAUAAUUUCAUGUUUAGCUUUUUCAUUAUUAAUUUUUAACUUACCUUAACCAGUGGCUCAGAUGAGCUUUUCUGAUCAGCAAUUGUCCAGUGUUUGAAUGUAUUCAUGUUUGUAUGUAAAUACUUAUGAUUUUAAUCUUUUCCAAUUUUACUUGGCCAGUUACAACCAAACUUGACAGUCGACAAAGAAAAUUUCCAAGUAAAGAAAUUGAAAUUAGUUCAAAAUAAGGGUCAAAGCCCCUUUUCAAGGAGAUAUGAUUAGGUUUAUUUGAAAAAAAAAUUGGGGUCAUUUAAUUUUUCUUUGCAACUGGACCAGAUAAGAGGCAUAUUGUUUGUAAAAGCCUCCUUGAUGAUUGGAGAUUUAAGUCUUGUCAAGAACAGCAGAAUCUCAAUGAUUUACAUUGACAUACAAGCAACCUAGCUAAUGUAAAGUUAGAGUCAGUUUUGUUUAGGGUAUGGGCUCAGGGACUUUUAGGACAUAAAGCAAUCUGCAAAAAAUGAAGGUUACAAUGUGUCAAACACAAUUACCAGAGUUUGUCAUUAAUACGGUGGUGAGUUGAAAGUAUUUUAGCCAUGGGGCCUCUUGUUUAAAAGAAAAACCAUUUACUGAAACUGUAGCAGGAAUAUGUAAAUGGAGUAGUGAACUUAAUGUUCUGUUCACAUUUAAGCUUUCUGGCUUAAUUCUAAUAUGUAUCCAUCAUACCUCAUUUUGUAAAACCAACCUUGUCAUUGAAUCAUUUUUAAUGCAUGUAAAUUUUCAUAGUUAUCAUUUCAUUAAUGAGACUGUAGAUUGUGUAAAUUUUUAAUAUACUUGUACCUGGUUAAACUCUUUCAGAUUGUUAAUUAUUUUUAUCAGUGAUCAUUGAAAUCCUGGAAUUAUCUGUAAGGAUAAUCUUAAGCACCUUAAUCUAGGUGUAAUAAGACAGAGGUUUGGUAUAACUGAGACAUGGGUUAAGUAAGAUAUGUUUUUUUGUUAGUUUUGUGAACUGCUUACAAGCAAUAAAGUUAGAGGCUAGUAAAGCUAAAAUAAGGUUUAAAAGGGUGAAUUGAUGCUUUUUAUGUAAAUUCUCAGGUUUGUUGAUUAUUAAACUUGCUAUUACAAUUACUCUUGCUCUGUGUAAAAAGUUUUACAAUGAGUUAACCAUAUAUGUAUGUUAAACCUUUGAAUAUCAUAAAUGUUAGAUUUACAGUACAAUACAUUGUUAAUCAGCCAUUUUAAGGAACUGAGAAAUCAGUACAUGUACUCUGAAGCUAGGGAGUAACUACUGUAAGCUGUAAUCAAUGGGUUUCAUUGGUAAAAAAUGUCACAUUUAUUUAGAAUUUUUAAAAAAGGUUUGAUGAUGAAAUGGAAUUUUUUUUAAAAGGUCUACUUUCUUAUGUACAGUAAAUUUUGUUUGAUGGUUGAACACUUGAAAAUGAAAUGAACAUUAUAAACUCCUAUACUAGUAUCCUUUUUAUCCAUGUGUGAUUUGUCUUAUUUCAGUGUAAUUAUACAGUAGAGACUUUGCUCAUAUACGCAUGUUUUUUUUUAUUUCUGUGUUUGCAGAAUGUACAAUAUAUUUUUGAUAUGAUUACAUAUAAACUUUUGGUUUUCCACUUCAUUUAACUUGAUAUUAUACUUCUGUUAAAGGUGGUAUGGUAGAUAAAUGGUUUGCUGAAAUAACAUGGACGUAUUUGAAGAGGUCAGGUUUUUGUGUAUGAGAUUAUGUCAGCUGUCAAAGACCAAAUUGUUUUAAAUAAAGCUGUUACUGUUU